UUAGAUAUGAAGUCGUUACAAAGUAAUGGGAACAAUUAGGUUAUUUCCGUUUAGGGGUGGAGACUUUAGUCAGCUACACUGAGCCGCAACCACGAGAGACGGAUGCGGAUACUCAUUUUGGCUUCUGUGUGGCCGUCCAAAAAGAGGAGGACUUUUUAAAACAAUGGAACCGGCUGUCAAGCGUAGGAAAGGCGCCGAGUGCGACUCGGACUCCUGGGUGGCGUACCCUGUCCUUUCAGAUGAGCAGACGCAAGCCGUAGAGCUGAUUGACACCUUUGCCGCGCCUGUGCACGACAAACGAGCAACGUCGCGUUUGGUCAAAGAGCUCAACGACCUCUACCCUUUGACGGGCCUCCAGCAUGUUAAAAGAGUCCGGGCGACUAAGGCACAGGAGGGCCGCUCUCACCCUCUCGAGAUCCUCUUGUGUCCGGUCAGUGAAGUUUCCGACUUGAACUUGUUCAGCGUUGAAUGCGUCGGCUUGGGUAAACCCUUCGUGGUCAAGGUUCCAGCUCGCCCACCUUUGACCCGACCCCAAUUUGAGCUGGCCAGCAAGCACUGGCCCACCUCCUUCCACGAGGACAAGUCCGUGACUCACGCCCUUCGAGGAGAAUCCUUCAGUUCGGCUCAAAAAGAGCAGAUGCACGCAUACAUGUCGGCGGCCGUGGCCGCUGCCCAAGAAGGGAAAGCUUUGGGGAUGGAGCCCGUGGGGGCUGUGAUGGUAGACCCGGUCUCAGAGAGGAUAGUUGCCGUGGGUCACGACUGCCAAGGGCAACACCCUCUGUACCACGCCGUCAUGGUGUGCAUUGAUUUGGUGGCCAGAGGGCAAGGUGGCGGCUGCUACCAGUUAAAUGCAUACCCCGCCUGCCGCUCUAUUUUAACACCUCUAUCGGACACUGCGCAGCAGCCGUACAUCUGCACUGGGUAUGACCUGUAUGUCACAAGAGAACCGUGCGUCAUGUGCGCCAUGGCACUGGUGCACUCGCGGAUCGGCCGCGUGUUUUACGGAGCACCCUUUGCCGAUGGAGCCCUUGGGACCAAGUACAAAAUCCACACGCAGGAAGGCCUCAAUCAUCACUUUAAAGUUUACAAAGGAGUUAUGAGCCAACAGUGUGAGGAGCUAAACAGCGGAUCUCUUUGAAAUAUAUAUUUUAUGACUUUUAUUAUACGUUUGAAUUAAAUUCAGACUGCCUGUUAGUUUAUUACUUGGUCUCAAGGUCUGUAUAUUCAAGAUGAGUUUUUCACCUUCAGCAAAGUAGAUCUAGGAUGUCACCAUGUCUGACUCAUUUUUGACAAUCUUUUUUUUUUUUUUUUUUCAUAAUUUAAAUAAGGGGCUCUGAUGUCGCAAAGCCGCCCCAGAACAUUUGAGCAGAGGUGGGUAGAGUAGCCAAAAAUUUUCUCAAAUAAGAGUAUCAUUACUUCAAAAUAAUAUUACUCAAAUAAAAGUAGUCAUCUAAAAAUGUUGCCUGGUAUGCCAGACUCACCGCUGUUCCAGCGAUUAAGUCUGGCGACCGUCCGGCGGAUCAAAUUCCGAGGGCGGAGCAAGCUACAUCAAACAGACAGCGGAGUGGACCAAUCGGCGACGGGCAGACGUGACGUUGUUAAAGCGACAAGUAAUUAGCGUGAGCAGAGAAUGAAGAAGUUUAUUCAACAUGGCUAGCGCGAGCCAUUAUUAUCUCUUUCGGAAGUUUCCGGCGGAUUACGGAAAAGCCCGAGAUAGCCUCUACCACGACUUUGGAACGCACCGAAACAAAUGCAAGGUGAUUAUGGCUAGAUAUCGGUAGGGCAAGAUGGCAGACGACGAUAGUUAAAACCUCUGAAGGAAAACGAACAGUUUUCAAUUGCUAUUUAACUAAAUUUCUUUCUUUAGCUAUUUUAACAGAAGUAUGUCAUAUGUGGCGCAGAUCAUGUAGCAAUAUGCGCCAAUUAGAGCUGGGAAUCUUUGAGCACCUAACGAUUCGAUUACAAUUCAGAGGCUCCGAUAUGAUUAUAAAUCGAUUAUUGAUGCACCACACCACACUUUUAAUGUUUUGUACAUUAGUUCCAAAAUUGUUCAAAAAUCCUUUCAGCCUAAACCAAACUAUUUUAGUAUCAAGUUAACAGUUAAAAACAGUACAUAAAAUACUCAAGUCCCCAUUCUAUAUCAAAAGCUUUAAACUACAUUCAAUUAAUUUAAUGUUGUGAAUCAACCGUUAAAGUUGUUAAAAUGUUCCCGUUAUUCCAUAAUUUCCCAUCUGUCUACCUUCGACAUGUCAAAGUUUUAAAACUGUUUCAUCAUUUAAAGAUAGAUUCAAGUCAAGAUUUUGCCGAUUUAGAAGUGUUAUAGAUAAAAUGUUAAUUGGGUUCACUACAACAGCCUUCUAGAGAAGUCAACUGCUUAAAGAUGGCGGCAAGUCUAUCAUUUCGCAUCUAGUUCUUUUUUAUAUGUUCCAACGCUGUCGUCGUCUGUCCUUUUACAUCUAGUUCUACAAUAUGUGAUAUCUACCAUAGCCAUAUGUUGCCGUAUGUUAGCGACUAGAAACCGGUCGCUGUUUGUAGUGGCUGUCGGCCGCAGCCAGGUAUGAUUGUUUUUUGUUUUUUUUCAUCUAGUGGCAUGAGUUGAACAAGAUAUUUACUCUCGGUCCGUUACUCAUUGCGUCCCGGAGACCGCGGCGUCCCAAAGACCGCGCUGACUGUGUUUUAUUUCCGCUUUACCUGGUAUAAUUCACUAAUCGGAAUUUGGAUGUUUUUGAAUCGUUCUCGAAUCUUCCACGGCCGAAUCGCGAAUAAUCUAUGAAUCGGAAAUUUCGUACGCCUCUAGCGCCAAUCGUUAUAGACUUGCGCCGGUGCCGGCGCAGUGGAGUUACAAAGUUGCCCCAGUGGCUGUCAAAAUGCGUAAAUGGCGCAAGGGCGCGGCCCAGAUGCAUCCCUGUAGCUUGGUGUUGGUUUCAUCCUGGGGCCUAAAUUGCAACAGGAUAAUGACUCAAAACAUGUUGGACAAUGACAACACAGACACAGAACAAUUGUGACGGUAGAAGGGCAAAAACAUUUAAUAAAGAUACUAUCAGUGACUUUUCUCAAUAUUAACACUUCUCUCACUUCCACAAGACCAUUUUUACACCAAUAAAAUAUUUAACAUUCACAAAAGCACAAAUCACUCAUCUUGUGAUUGACUUAUAAAGUAUUUAUACAAUAAGCAUCAACAGAUUUGUAAAUAAGAGAAGAAUCCAUUAAAUUACUCAAGCUGCUGAUAUCUUUUAGUAAAUCAGUGUACCAAUGACAGAGACAAUUUCCAAAGGAAGUAAACAUUUUCUGUUUUGUUUCCGAAAAGAUACAAUUUGGGCCAUUGCUCUGGCAGAAACUAAAACCAUCUUAGCCAUUAGUGUCACCAUGUGAAUUCAAGUCAGAUAAUAAAGAACAAAAACAAUCAAGUCUCACUGAUACCUGGGCCAGCCCGGGGUCAGACCACACCAAAAACGCAUCACAAACUCUCCUGUUAUGUACGGCGAUAAUGCUUCUGGAUCAGUUUGACCCAAGUAAAUGUUUUCAUAAAGGAUUUGAUGAAACUUUGGAAAAAGUGUAACACCAACCCACGACAUUACAGGAGAGUUCCACAGUCACACGAGUUAGAAAUGCGCACGGCAUCCAGUCUUCAAAAAGGUUCUAUAGGUUUCAUCUCACUGACACAAAUUCCGCCACGUACUGUAUUUCACACAACAGAAAAUACAAGAACUGGAUGAGGAGGGGAGACUCAGUACUUGUUAAUUCCGAAGAUUCUCACGCCAUGCAGUUGCGGUAGCUUGGGGAUGAGCACGCUCAAAAGAGACGCCGUGUUUAUGAAGAAGUGCGCGGCGUCGUAUUUGGUGUAAAAACUGGCCAAGAAAUAUCUGUGGGGAAAAAAAGAACACAUGAGACGUUUAUACUCACUGGGUUUAAAAACAGUGUUGUCACUAACGCGUUACGUAGUCUGAGUACUUUCUUUCCGUAAUGAGUAAUCAAACGCAAAACAGUUAUCUGGUCAAUUUCCUUAGUGUCUGUGCGUGACUAUUUUGUUAUUGCCUCAUAAUGUAUGUAGAAUGAAGAAUAUCGUAGUGAAGGAAUCUGACCUUCUAGCCAGACCACCGGAAUCGAGCCAGCCGAACCGCUGGACCCGCGUUGGCACAGCUCCAACGACCCGGGCCGGCGAGAAUCUGACAAUCCGGCCAGAAGGCCAAACUCCGUGCGUUCACCUUAGUACCGAUUCCAUUUUGAAAGGUUUAAAGAAGGCUACUGUAUGACCGGUGUCAGAGUUUGGUCCGUAUUGCCGGCAGUAUGUCGAAUUUGUUCCCAGUGAGGGUUGGACUCUGCCAAGGCUGCCCUUUGUCACCGAUUGUGUUCAUAAUUUUUAUGGACAGAAUUUCUAGGCGCAGCAGAAGCGUUGAGGGGUUCUGGUUUGGUGACCUCAGCAUUGCAUCUAUGCUUUUUGCAGAUGAUGUGGUGCUUUUGUCUUAAUCAGACCAUGACCUCUAACUCUCACUGGAGCGGUUCGCAGCUGAGUGUGAAGCGGUUGGGAUGAAGAUCACCUCCAAAUCCAAGACCAUGGUCCUCAGUCGGAAAAGGGUGGAGUGCCCUUUCCGGGUCGGGGACGAGAUCAUGCCCCGAGUGGAGGAGUUCAAGUACCUUGGGGUCUUGUUCACGAGUGAGGGCAGGAGGGAGCGGGAGAUCGACAGGCGGAUCGGUGCAGCGUCUGCAGUAAUGGGGACUCUGCACCGGUCCGUAGUGGUGAAGAAGGAGCUGAUCCGAAAGGCAAAGCUCUCGAUUUACCAGUCCAUCUCCGUUCCUACCCUCACCUAUGGUCACGAGCUGUAGGUCAUGAUCGAAAGAACAAGAUCUUGGAUAUAAGCGGCCGAAAUGAGUUUCCUCCGCAGGGUGUCCGGGUUCUCCCUUAGAGAUAGGGUGAGAAGUUCGGUCAUCCGGGAAGGACUCUGCGUCGAGCAGCUAUUCCUCCGCCUUGAGAGGAGCCAGCUGAGGUGGCUUGGACAUCUGGUUAGGAUGCCUCCUGGACGCCUCCCUGGAGAGGUAUUCCGGGCAUGUCCCACCGGCGGGAGGCCCUGGGGAAGACCCAGGACACGCUGGAGAGACUAUGUCUAUCGGCUGGCCUGGGAAAACCUUGGGAUCCUGCUGGAGGAGCUGGUUGAAGUGGCUGGGGAGAGGGAAGUCUGGGCUUCCCUGCUAAAACUGCUGCCCCCACGACCCAACCUUGGAGCAAGCGGUGCGGUGCGGUGUGGUAAAGAAGGCUCACCAAAAAUAACUUGACAAUUUAUUCAGGUCGACAGCGAUCAAAACGGCAAGGCGAAACAGAAACACUCAGGUGGGAAGGCAAGGUCUUGAGCGCCUUGAAAGGUGGAAAAGCGCUCUACAAGUAUAACACCACCACCCUAUCACACUUCAACAAAAGGUUCACCAGAAAAAUGGCAAAGCUUAGUUAAACAUUCAGUAUUUUGAAGGCUCUCGCGGGGCGGGCUGUGGGCAGGAAGAAGGGUGUGUUUGGGAAUAUUGUCUGUUUGUGGAUUGGACAGGAGGAUUCGGGAGUUAGGGCAACGAGGGUUGUGGAUUUUGCCACCUCAGCAUCAAAGGGGCUCUUGGAGUCUUAUCAGUUGUGUUAUCCAUUAGCUUUUGGGCGUUCUCCGGUGUUCCUUGUGUUGGGACAGGGCGUCCCGCCAUUUGUUCUGGACUGUCCGGGAGAACUGAUUGCGAGAGUUGGUGGUGCAGAUUUGGGCUUAUCAGCGUCAAUCUUACUCAUGAGGCAAACGUUGGGCUUCCGUGAUAAGAGGGCGUUGUGUAUCUUUUAUGCCCUAUAUUCUGCUUGUUUUCCUUAAACUAUGGUAUAAGUGCCAUUUAUUUUACAUUGGGUGUGUUAGAGUAAUACAAACAAUUAAACAGUAAAUACGAGAAACGAUACUAUUCCCGCAUUGAUUAGAUUGUGUUAGAAUAUUGCAAACAGAUGAUGCCUACGGGAAAAGGUACUUCAGUAGUAAUGUACGAAGAGCUUUUGAAUAGAAAAUGUUAGAAAGGUUCCCAUUACGUGUUCGUUUCCAUGGUAACCGCUCAUAGUUCUUCCUGUUUUGGCCUCGAGUCACACACGCUAUGUUUUUUGGGGACUGACGUAUGCCAGCGCAGGUGCACAUUUGAGCUGAGUGCAGCCACCUGUUGAGAUGUGCAAGGGAUUGUUCAUCUGUGUGUGUCCAUGAACGAACGUGAAUAUUUUUACUUCAUUCUGGAGAGUUCCAGUGAUCGGUUGGAGUCGUUACAUACGUGGCCGUUUCGUAGCUUUACUGUUGCAAAGGCGGGUAGUCGUCACUCCUGCUCAUCCUCGCAAAGUCGGCGAACAUUUUUACAUCAUAUUCAUGUUGCGCAUUUAUGCCGUGAGGUGACGUGUUCGUUUAGCAUCUUUGGGAUGUGUUGCAAGUCCGAUUGCGUGUAAAGUGCUUAGUUACCGACAUGUUUUGUGGCCAAACUGACCGCGUGUGGCUACGGCGUACUUCCGAGUUGUGCGCACGCAUCCGCGCCCGCCCCGAUCUUUGAGUUUAUUGCACUAUGCAAUUCAUUUGUGUGUAUUUGAAUAUUGUGCAGUCAAUUUGCAUCGUUUUAUAUUGACACUGAUAUGCUGUUAACCGUAAACAGAAAUUCAGAAUUUUUGACAUAGGCUUAAUCUUCGAGUUAGCGGGGUUUAAUUAGUCGGUGGAGUGGAUUUCAACAAAUUCCAUACGGUUGGUCAGUUAUUUCUUAGUUCCAGAGGCUCCGGAGUGGCUAAGCUAGCGCGAGUCAAUGGUGAUUGAAAUCAACUCAGUUGACUAAUUAAACCCCCGCUACCUCGAAGAUUAAGCCUUCUGUGGAAAAAUUCUGAUCUUGCCCUAAUUAGCGCAAAUGCAAUGACAUUUUUCUGUUUUCAUUCUUAUGCUGAGGCAGAACAGAGGAAGAAAAAGUAACCAAUAAAUUACCAUUAAAGUAACUUACAGUACUUUGAUAUUAGAGUAAUGACCAAGGUAACUACAUUACUUUUUUUUGCCAUAAUCGGUAUUUAAAUUACUUUUUCCAAAUAAUUUGUGACAACACUGACUAAAACUAACCUUGUGAAAAUAAAACAAUGACUAUAAAUUCACACAAUAAAGAUUUAACUUACAGGAUGAUGGGGGAAAUGGUGAAGAACUUUCUGGAGGACGUGAACUGCACACCGUAAUCGAGCUGUUCCCAGUGUGUGAGCAGUCUGGCCUUGCCUUGAUCGGGGGUCUCAAAAGGCGUCCCUUUUACCGCGUGCAUAAACACAUACAUUCCCUGUAGAUGUUAAAAGACAGUGUGGGUAGAACAUCAAGAAUAGAGGAGCCAUACAAAAAAAAAAAACAAGCAUAAUUGUGCUACUACAGGCUGAAGGCUGUGACCCAAAGACCGCGCAUGCCCUCUCCUGGCUAACUUAACCGACAGGCAACAAAUUAACAAAAUCGGGCUCAGGGGAUCGAUGCGUAUACAUCUAGUGCUGCAACGAUUAAUUGAUUAACUCAAGUAAUUUGAUUAGAAAAAAGAUUCGAAUUAAAUUUUGCCGCUAGGAGUAUUCAUUUGAUUAAAGUGGCGUUGUAAUGGUUUGUUUUGUAAGGGUUUGCAUUGAGUUGUACUGAUUUGGGUGGAUACACUGCCCUCUAGUGGCAACAGUGAAGAUGACAACUCGUUUCACGUAGCUGUAUGCAGCAGCUCCCUGUUAAGACCAACAUAAGCUAAGUUUUUGUUUGAGCUAAUGUUUUUUUAAUGCAUUCGUAAUUUAGUUCAUAGAUUCGACCUAAACCAUAUUAAAUUAGUUUUUGUUAUUUUUUAAAGGUGUUUUCAUUAUUUUGUCCAACCCCUGUACUUAUAGCUGCUCUGCCAUUGACUAUCCUAGCAUCCAAUUGGCUAAAAGGGACCUCUACUGUAUUUGUAUGUGUGUAUCCGAGCAUCCUCUUCAUUCGGCCCCCCGGGCUACGAGGUCUUCUGACAGCUUUACGUGAGUGUAUUAACUUUUAUUCACUAUUGACUAUGGAUUUUUAUGUUUUUUAAAAGAUUUAUGUCUGGAUUUUGGGGGGCAUUGAACAGAUAGGGCAUUUAAAUGGAAAACGCAUCUCUACUUACGAAAUUUUUACGAAAACUACUUCCAGAACCAAUAGACCCCAAUCACAUGACGUCACAACUCCACCCCCCUUGAUCACCACUUGAUCCGCCAUAUUGUCCGUCAGCUCGUCAUGUUUACACAUUACCGCUGCGUACAUUCCUCUUAAUACGGCGCGUUUUUCUGCUCGUUAACAUUAAUAAUCAAAAUGGUGAAGGUGUGUGUGGCGGUUGGUUGCAGUAACAGGGAAGAUAGACUGAGAGUUCAAUCGUAUUCUGAGAGACCCGAAGAGGAGAGCGAGAUGGACUGCUGCAAUUCGACGAGAAUACUGGCCACCAAACGAUCACCACAGACGAUGUAGCAGUCAUUUUAUAUCUGGUAAGAUGCAUUUAAUAUAUAUUUAGAGUUUUGGGCUGACAACCACAAUUAAAAUCAUUGCGAGGCUAAUCGCCGAAAACAUACAGUUUCAAAUUCAAGAUGUUUAUUUCUUCCACCAUCAUUAUUUUUUGAAUAAUAUUUAGCUGGUACAAAGUGAAAGAAGCUGGAAUCGUCUGCGGAUCAUCAGUUAGACAGGUGUGUCCAAACUUUUUGCAAAAGGGGCCAGAUUUGGUGUGGUAAAAAUGUGGGGGGCUGAUUUACGUAGAACAAUAUAUUUAAACAAAUUUUAGCAAGCCCUUCUGUGUGUCACAUUUGCUUUAUUUUUUUUUUUUUCUAAAAUUCAUAAUUUCAACAAUCUCGCCUUUGUGGCGUUCUCUUUCGACCCUCGGGCUCUUGCGAAAUACUGCUGCUGUGAAAUUAAACUAGCUUCAAGUUGCUUUAAUGUCUCGCUGCGUAUUUUCCCUGUAAUCUUGUCGUACAUGUUAGCGUGUCUUGUUUGGUAAUAUCGCCUCAUAUCGAACUUUGAAAACGGCGACUGUCUCUUUGCAAAUGAGGCAGACACAGUUGUUGCGUAUUUUAUUGAAGAAAUAGUCCCAUAUUAUCCACCUAUCCUUGAAGCAUCAGCCAUCGCAGUCAACUUUUUUUUUUUUAUUGUCGCCAUUUUAGAAAAUUGGAAUAAUGGGUCACCUGGGGUAAUGUUGCUUAGAGUGCUGCUCUUAAAGUUUUUCAAAGUUUCGUGAGAAUAGGCUGAGUUUCUGUGGACAAGAUAGUUGUAGAUAUCAGGGUAGCAGAUGUCAGGCAGAGACGGCGAAGACAGCGGGUCGAAAAAUAUCGAUUUAGGCAUCAAAUAUGGAUCUGGCGAAUUGAUCGACCGAAGCUUUUCCACAUAACGCCUUUUAUGCAACACAUCCAAUGAGUUUACAGCGUCUGAAAGCACCGGGGCUUCCAUAAAUUGCACGAUAAAUUGAGACCAUUGAGAAUACUGACACACAAUGACGGACAAUAUGGCGGCACAAUACAGCGACACGUCAUUGUGUGACGUUGGUGAUUGGGGUCUAUUGAUUUCAUAAGUACAGGUACCGCUGUAAUGAACUGUAUUACAGCUUUCAACUAUUUAGGUUAUUUCAAACGUAAAAGCUACUGUGUUCUGUGUACUAACCAAGUUGUGAAUGACAUUCGUAAGCGUCCACACCACCGGCACACUGAAGAAUGGUAUGCUCAGGAGCACAAUGUGAAGGAUUCCCACACCCAGCGCGUAGGUCAGCCAGAUGCCUCGACUGUUCAUGACCCGGGUGUUAGGGUUCACCUCGCUGUGUGCCACACCCACAUUCAUUCUGCUCUGGGAGAUCAGAAUUAAAGGAUUUGAUUCCAAGACGCAAACGAUAAUAAGCAUUCCCAGACUUGAACUUUCGCCCGCUGGACCCAAAUGUGACACCAAGAAAACUACAUUAUGCAAUCUUGUUGAACUUUGUUCGCUGGCUUGCUUUCAGCUUCCACCCUGGAUGAAUGCUUGCACUGUUACAACACCACAAAGUAGAAAAAUGAUCUCCUUGUACAUUGAUAAUGUGGAAAUCAAAAUCACUUUUGUUUGUAUCCAAUAGUUUUUUUAACCUGUUGUUGUCUUUUAUUUGAUAUUGAGGACUCUUUCAUGUCAAUUUGGCGUUUAACAUCUUUAGUAGACAUGUGCCGAUUACCGGCUUCAAGGUAUAUUGUGGUAUGAAAACGUCAAGGUUUCAAAACCGCAAAAUUUUCAGUCAUACCGUCCCUACGAUAUUAGCUAUUUAUGUCCGAAAAAUGCAGGAUGAAAUCCCUCACUUACAACUGCAAGGCUCAAACCUCCUCCACCGGUUGUUGCUCAGUGUCAGUCAGCUGUGCUACACGAUGGCUGGGGAAGGUGAAACUCCUGAACUUUUUCCCCCCAUCGAAGGAAACAAUGACUGGUAUGGGAAUACUUCGGCUACAGAAAAGUCACAGACAGCCGUGGCUUAGAAGAGGAGGGCCAACCGACAUGUAAAACAUGUUUGCGGCGGGUGGCUGCUGAGGAGGCAAUACCUCCAAUAUGAUUUCGCAUUGAUACAAAUUUAAAGAUUAGUAAAACUGUCAUGAAAGUUUCCCACUAACAAGGAGAGUUAUCUCCAGUGUGUUUAGUGUGUCUAGCGGUGGUAAAAUAUGGUGUUUUUUUCUCUACGGCAACUGUCUGUGUUGUGAAAUGGUGUGUGUGUAUAAUGUAAAUAUGAUACAAGUCAUACACACGUGCUUUUUAUAGAAAAUAAUUCAAUUAUUUUUGUUCUGAUGGUAAUAAUGUUGAGCUGUAGCUGUGGGCUUAGGCUCACUUAAAGGACUGCAUUUAUUUUAAAUUUUAUUCAGAAUAUUUUAUUUAUUUUAACUUAACAUUACGUUCCAAUUUGCUAAUGUUUUGAAAAAUAAAAAUCCUGUUCAAUGGAAAAAAAUUAACCCUGAUAUCUC